CUCGGCGGCACCACGCAAAAAGCGAUCGACAAAGUUCAUAUACGGCAGCAGGCAUGGCUGACGCAACGCCAGCUUCAAGACUGGCAGCCCUGCGCGCCGCCGUCGAAGGCUGCGCCGCCCACGAGAUCAAAAAAGCCGGCCAGCUCCUGCGCGAGGGCGCGGAGCUCCUCAGCGACGAGCGCAGCGAUGCAUUAACGGAGGGAUGGUGCCGCUGGCUCAUUCGGGACGCGGGACCGGCCUGGCGGCGCGCUUUAGAUGAGAGCGACGCGUCUGAAGCGAUUGACGCCGUCGUCGACGCCGGAGGUUUGUGUGUAGCGUCCGAAGCAUUGGUCGGGGCGACGGCCGCGGCCGCGGUCAUUGUUGCACAGCGCGUGAAGAGCUGGGACGUCGCGGCGCUGGUGGCGUCCCUUACAGAUGAUGGUGACGACGCGGAGCGGUUCGCGGACGCCUGUGUACGGCUGCCGCGGCGGCUCGCGACGCUCCUGAAGGGCAAGAGUCCAUUGGAUGAGGCGGCUUGGCUUUCCGGUGUAGCCGACGGUUCACUAAGGAGCCCCGCCUGGCGCGUUUUAGCUGGACGCCUCGAGGCUUCUGGCCACGCGCCCCUGGUCGCCGAACGCUGGGUCCUCUGUGACGACGACGACGGCUCGCGAUUAGAUGCCUUGGGCGCCGGGAGCGCCUGCCGCUACGCCACGUCGCUCCUGGAGGCGACGGACUCUCCUCAAACCCUCAGCACAAUAAUCACGAAGCGCCUACAAAAGUGCCCCGUCCUCCGGAGCAAGUGGACCGACGACGUCGUGACGGGCCGGACGCGUUUGAAUCAUACCAAGGCGUCAUUGUCCGUCUACGUCGCCAAGCGCGCGGGCUUGUACACGGAAGCGCUGGCCUCAUGUUCAAAGAAGUGGCGCGACGUCGCAUUUCUGCAGAGUGUUGAUGAUGAUAGAAGAGCGUUCCUCGCCACGUCUAUUUUAGCGUUAUUAGCCCUGUCGGACCCGGUGGACGUCGACGUGAACACCACCCUAUCAGGUGUUGUGAGCGGCGUGUCGGCCUGCCUCGACCUUAACGAUGAAAGAGAUAGAGCCCGGGCGAUGCUCGUGGGGGACGCCUUCGGGACGCUCGUCGGGCGCGCGCCGGACUUCGGGGACCUGCUUUCUGAGAGUGAUCGGGCCUGGGCGCGCGAAGGGUUGUCCGUCUUGCCUGUGGACGAGGUCCACGCGGCGUUUCGAAACAGUCAUUACUCUUCGAGCGAGGAAGCACCAACGCCGCCGCCUCCACCCGUUGAGAAGAAGAAGACGAAGAAGAAGCGUUCGCCUGAUGAUGUCCUCGAGAGCGGCAGCGAGAGCUCCGACGACGAGUCUGUGGAGAGCGCUUCCACUCUAUCGGACGACAAUUUGGAGGCCUACGAUCUAGAAGAUGACGGCGCUGAUUUAGUACCGGUGCAGCCCCCGAAAUACCUGCGAGACUUGCUCAAACUAAUUAACGAAGGCGCGGACCAGGAACUCGCGAGGGAACGGCUCCAGAUGGCCCUGGCCACGUGCCCGGCGUUAGUAAGGAGUCGACCCGCCGAUUUGAAGGAUGUGGCUCGCGACUUGGCGCACGCGAUCCUCGCGACGGAGAACCGUUUUGACUUGGAAGAUUUCUCCGAGAAAAGUCGUACUUCGCUGGCGGCGUUAACUGCUUGUAGACCAGUGGAAGUGGUACGCUACCUGCAGUUGUCGUUCUUCGAUAAAGAGCUCGGGCUGAACAAGCGAUUGGACGCGUUGCAAGCGAUGGUCGACGGCGCCUACGAGUUGGCGGGCCGCGGGCGCCUCGCCGAGAAUGAAGAUAUGCCCGACGGCACGGCCAAAGCUUUAUUGGGUGUCGGUUCUACUCGUUCCCGGAAAUUGUUAGAUACGUCCGACACGAAGGUCCUGGAACGAACGAGGAGGUGGGGCUACCGUCGAACAGCGUUGCAACCGUCGUCACCGAACCUCUUCGCCCAACAUGCGGCCUCGUUGUUCUUCUUUCCGUUACUGAGAGGUAUUGUGGAGCACUGGGCGCCUCUGCAAAAGCGGCACCCCCACCACGCGACGGUGUUGCGAGCGCGGGCCGUGCACGCCUUGGCGUGCUUCUUGGAUUGCGCGUCGAGCGCGCCGGGCAGCCAGGCGCUGGCGUCGCAUUUAUUGGCGUUUGCUUGGAGAGAUGUAAGAUCCGAGGAUGCGGCUUUGAGAAGGGCGGCGCGCGGCGCCGCUUUGACUGCUUUAGCGUGGCGGCCGUGUGACGACGGCGGCGGCGCGUUGGCGUUGCUCGCGGGCGGGAUCUGUGCCGAUUUACCUUCUCCCGAGGACGUGCGGUCGCUCGCGUACGAGGGCCGCGACGACCCGGACGACGCGGCUCGUCGGUUGGCGCUGGCGCUCGGGGAGCUUUGUCCGGCGGGCUUCUAAGAGGUGUUGUUUUUGUA